AUGUCUGCGCCGCCUCCUUCUCCUUUGGAUGAGAUGGGAUCUGAUUCUGAUGGAUCUCCUCUUAGAUCUCCUUCUCCUCUGCCUCCUCCUCCAGUUUCUCAGCCUUCUAAGCCAAGAUUUGGGUUUAGGACCAAGGAGACAGCCAGGAAGAGGACAAUUGCUGCUACCCGAGUGACCUUUCAGUACACUCCUUGGAGAUGUAAUGAGGUGCAUGAGGCAUCUACAAGUGGACAGAGCCAGGCUAGGCGAGCUCCUUCAGCUUCUCCUAUGCAGCAGCCUAGUUCUGUUCCUGCGCCUCCUUCUGAGACCAAGCCAGCUGCUCAGCAAAUGGUAGAGCAUGGGCGAUGCUGCCAAUGCCCGAAGACUUCAGCGGCACCAGGUGCUCCUCCAGUGAAUCCACUUGGUGCUUGGAGAGGGUUUGCCAUUCAUGCAGACAGGACGCUUCUGGAGUACCAUCAAGAUUUUGUUAAUGCAAUGGAGUAUGCACCUCAGGCCUACUCAGCUCAGGAGUUUGCCAACUUCUUCUUCCAAGGUCUGCAUUCCAACUUCAAGGCAAUGAUCAGGGAGAUGGGCAGAGGCAUAGGAAGUCGUGUAAGGGAAGUCUACAAGAGAGCCUUGUGGGUAGAGAGAUCCUUUCAGACUGGAGGCCCUGUCUACAUCUCCUCUGACAGCGAAAUAGAUGAAGAUGAAGACCCCUCUGAAGAUGAUCUUCCUGAAGAUGCCGAUAGUGAUUAG